AGAGCAAUCACUGACACUCAGAUAGAGCCGGAUACGUUGCAGAUCCCAGAAUUGAGCCAAGACAAGGGAAUACCGUCAGCAAUGGAACAGCUUAGGAGAUCAUUGUUGCCGGGAGAUGGGACCAGGUUAGAGGUUACUGAUCCCCAAGUGAAGCAAGAGAGCUCACUGACCUUGAGAAGUGGAGGACAUGGAAUGUCUAUAAACAGGGUGCUGAGGUCAACCAGGAGGAGUUUAAGACUGAACAUCAGAAACUGUGCAUCCUGUGUUUCUAAAGCAGGUAUCGAGAGGAGUAUUUCAGCUGAAGAGAAGACACUAGAGCAGGACUCAUCCCGCUAUUCAGGGCAGUUCUUCUUCGAAUACCUGGUGGUUGUUUCUCUGAAGAAGUCUGGAGCGACAUACGAGCCACAGAUAGCGUACCAGUUUCCGAAGAGGGAGAAUCUGAUGCGUUCGCAGAAGGAGGAGGAGGAAAGCUUACUGAGGGCAAUCCCACUGUUUUGUUUUCCAGACGGCAACACCUGGGCCCCACUCACUGAAUACGAGAGUGAAACCUUUUCCUUCGUUCUGACCAACAUCGAUGGCAGCAGGAAGUUUGGAUAUUGCAGAUGCCUCUUGCCACGCGGAGGUGGGCCGAGACUACCAGAGGUUUUCUGCAUUAUCAGCUGCCUGGGCUGUUUCGGUCUCUUCUCAAAGGUACGUACUUUCAACCUGCUUGACGCUAACUUCGGGUCAGAAUUCUGAGUGGAGUCUAGGUGGCUCUACAAAAGGGACAGGAGGAGUCUGCAAGUGGCGUACCCAUCCCCAUUGCCAGCACUCCCAGUCUCAGCUGCAGGGAGCUGGAGUGGGGCAUCAAACACAAAU